GUAACUGCUUUCGAAACGACGAACAGUUGAACAGCAGCACUCGGAGCGUACGGAACAGUUACCGGCUUGGGCGAAAGCGGCACACCAAACUUCUCACGCACUUCAGCAAAUAUUCUACUUCUCCACUGUACGGGUACCUCAUUCCAUUCCGUUGUUCAGUGUUCGGUUCAGCACGGGUUGGUUCAAUUAAUUCAGUUUCAGCCUUCAGUAGGUACUGGUGGAUUUUUUUCACACACUUCUCUUGUUAUACCGACAAAAGUGGCAAAGUGUUAAACGCUAGCAAACUACCGUUACAAUACGCAUAUAUAGAAAAAUAAAACGCAUCGUCAAAUCAACUGAACUAAACGAACUAAACCAACAGCAAAAUGGCCGAAAAUUGUGGAAAGUGCAAAAAAUCGAUUAGCAAGGAGGGCAUCGUCAUUUGCAAUUCAGACGAUUGCAUGAAAAAGUUUCAUCGCACUUGCGUGAACAUCGACGAUGCCAUCUACGAUGCGAUUCAGAAGAAUCCCUUGAUUUCCUUCAACUGUGAGGAAUGUAAAAAUCAAUCGCCCAAAGCGCUAGCCGCCAAGCUGCAGACAAUGGAGGAGAAACUGAAUAAGGUCUACAAUGGCGUGAAUCAGAUCUCGACACGUAUGUAUCAGCAGUAUUUCCAAUUCGGCAAUGCGAACAAUGUCGACCCGAAGAAGCAAACCAAUAACCUCAUCGUUGUUGGUAACAACUGUAAUUCUGAUCGUCUGCAAGUUGUCUGCGAUUAUGGACGCUGGGUGCAGGUGGGCAAAUUCGCAACCUCCACCAGUGAGGAUGACAUUAUCGAACAUUUGGCUGAGGAAUUGAAGAUCAAUAAGAAUCUAGUCAAGUGCACCAAAUUGGUGAAGAACGAUGCGAAUCUGUCGCAAUUGUCAUAUUGUAAAUUUAAGAUUUCCAUACCGGAUUAUCGUUUCAAUGAGCUAUUCAAUGAGAAUAUCUGGCCCAGUGGUGUUAUGGUCAGCCCAUUCACACCCCGUUCGCAAUUGAAUCAGAAUCGUAUAUAAGGCAAAGCCAUUGAAGGGCGGGUGGAUGACGGCGCUAAUCGCAGACGGAUAAAUACGAAGAAGAAGAAGCGGAAAAGAACAAAGGAGGAUGGGGAGGAGAACGGCGGGGAGGGUGAUAACGAAAAGCAUGAAAAGCAAAUGGAGUCGCGACCGCAACAACACCAACAACAUCAGCAACAACGCGAACGAAAGCCGGCUGCGACUGUGACAACUGUAUUACAGCACGAUAAAGAACCGGCGGCUGCGGGGAGAGCACCAACGUCAGCGUCGAACUGUGACGAUGCAGGAAAGCAGGUGAAUAACAGCCUAGAAGAUAAUGAAUCGGUGGUGAAUGAGGUGGAAACCGAGGAAACGCAUACACUGUAUCGAGCCACACAAGACGAGGGCGUAUGUGAAGUGGAACUAGCAAUGCCGGAAAAUGAAACGAACGACGUGACUAAUACAACGCCAGCAGUAGAAGACGAAGAAGAGGCAGAAGCAGAAAUAGAAGAAGAAGCGGGCGAUAGGGAAGCAGUCACGGCGGCAAUUGAGGAAGUCGCAGGCGAGAGCGUAAACGAUUAGGAGGCAUGGCAUGGCAUGUGUGUAUGAUAGAGACAAAGUCCUUCGCUUUUCCGCAAUGGGGGAUAUGCAGGUGGGUGGGGGAACGCGAGCGCGCAGGGAACGAGUAUGUGUAAACACGGCAUACACGGCAAUGAGGGUUGAACAAAAACGAGCGAUUCAAUGGCUAACAGCUCGACUGAAGGGGGAUAUAAAACAGUAAAACCAACACACAUUACUAACAUAAAUGUAAUGGAAAUGUGUACGAUUUUGUAAUGCAAAAACCAAAAAAAAAAAUGGAAGAUUUAUGUAAUUUUUUUACAUUUUCCAAUGUGCAUACAGCUGAGCUCGCUACCAACAACAGCUUGGCUUUUGAUUUUCAAAUAUUUAGCAAACAUACAAACAAUCGAAUUGUAUUGUUCCCGAAAAGAAUUCAUGCGAAAAUAAAAUAAAUGCAACUUUUAAUAGCAACAACAAUGCUGAUAAAUUCAUUACGAACCAGCUUUGGUCAGGCAUUUCAAGUGUUUUUUAAAAUGUGAAAUUGGCGAAAAUAAUGGAAAAUGGAAAAACGCAGUUUUAUAGCAACCAGCCAUACAAUGCUAAAAUAUGUAUAACCAUUUAUAUGCAAUGCAAAAAUUAUGUGCAUGAUUUAUCUAGUAAUUUACCAAGAAAACAAAAUAAUAAUGAAUAUUUGUCGUACUUACACACACACACUUAUCAAGCAAAGUAAAAAGUAAAAACUAUAUUUAAAACAUUUAAGAAACGUACAUAACCGUAAAUGAUACCGUAAAGCAAAAACACGAAGUGGAAAUUAACUUAACAAAAAUUAUGUAUCUACUUGCAACUAAUAUUCCCUUUAAAAAAACAUAAAUAUUUAAUACGCAGGUGAAGUUGAAGAAAGCAGAAAAUUAAAUAUUUUAGUACGAUUAGCGCUACUGUAAUGCAAAGCAAACCAAAUACUUACGAGUACACCUCGUACUUUUUAAUAAUAUUUAUUGUCGUAUAUUUUAAGGAAAAUAAUAUUUUUUUAAUAUUUUGUUCAAAUUUCAUGUGAUUUCAGCAGAGAAAAAUAAUUUAGAAAUUUUUUAAAAAAAUUAAUUUCUGCUAUUUAACGAUUUUGAAAACUUGUCUAUGAAUUUGUGAGCUUACAGCACUUUAAAAACAAAAAUUAAAAAAAAAAAAUAUUUCCAAUAUGAGGAUUUAUAUAUAUUUAACAUGUGAAAAUUUACUAAAUUAAAUUAAAUUUUAAUAAAUUUGUUUUUCAAAUAAUGUUCAAACAAUUCAUGAAUUUAAAAUUAUUUUCAAAAUUUUUAGAAAUUCAAUAUAAAUAUAUUCGUAUAUACAUAUAAUAAUAUGAAAAAUAAUAUAAAUACAGAUUUAAAAAAUAUUGUUAAAUAUUAAUUUUUUUAAUAUUAAAAUUGUAAAAUAUUUUCUAAAAACAUUUCCAAGUGCAUAGCACUUCAGUUUUUCAGAUAUCUAUGUAAAACUAUUAAAUACAAUCAAAUAUUGUUAAAGGGUUUUCCAAUAAGAGCGCUAAAAAAGAGCAAGGGCACGCUUGCAUAAGUCCAAUUUUCGACGGUUUUCAAACAUACAUCGGCUGAUACUGCUGCAAUUUCACGUUCGUUAUUCGAACGAAGUUCAUCAAUCAUCGCUGGCUUGUUGUCAUAGACCAUAGAGUUGACGUAGCCCCACAGGGAAUAGUCUAACGGCGUCAAAUCGCACGACCGAUGCGGCCAAUUGACUGGGCCAUUUCGUGAGAUAACAAGUUCACAAAACUUGGUUUCCAAUAAAUCGGUUGUGACAUUCGAUACGUGUGGCUUUUGGAUCGUCCUGUUGGAACCACAUAUUGUCCAAGUCCAUAUGAUUUAAUUCUGAGCAAAAAUAUUCGGUUACCAUUGAUCAGUAGAGAUUCCCAGUAACGUGCCGAUCUUGAUCAUGAUGAAAGAAUACGACCCAAUGAUGCCACCGGCCCAUAAACCGCACCAAACCUUAAUUUUUUCGGGAUGCAAUGGUGACUCAUGGAGUACAUGUGGAUUGCUGCCUGACCAAUAACGCAUAUUUUGCUUUUUUACGAAGCCAUUCAAGCCAGAGCCUCAUCAUAAAUUGAAUGUAGCGCUCUUAGAGUUGAGGCCACUGACUCCGAAUUUCGGUCGUAAAUUUUUAUAAUUUCGACUUGUUCUUGGAUCUUUCCAUGAUGAAAUGGUACAUCUUACUGAAGAUAAAAGAGCGGGAAAAAAUAUGGCGUCGUUUGCUGUCCCUGUCAGUCAACUUUUGUAGCGUCUCUUUUGAAAACCCCUUUAUAAAAUGGACAAAAAACUAUUUUCCAAAUUUUUAAAAAAUACAUUUAAUAUUUUUAAGAAUAUGUGAGUGCCGUUUUAAUAAAUAUAAGCACACAGUAUUUUCAUUAGGCACCCCAAGGUAAUAUUCUAAAUAAAAUAUUUAAUGAAGUUAUUUCAAUUUUUUGUGAAUAUCAGCUAAACGCUAUAAACAAAAAAAAAAAAAAAACAAAAUAAAUUUUCCGAAAAAAAAAUGGAUAAACAAAUUCCAUAUUUUUUUGUUCAAACUAUUUUAAAAUUUUUGCUGUAAAGCUUUUUACAAAAUAUUUAAUAUAAUUUUUAAAACUUAUUUAUUUUUUCUAAAUUUAAGAAACUUCAAAAAUACUAUUUUCAGCAAUUUCUUCGAGAAAAUAUAUACUUUUUGAACACUAUUGAUUCUUAAAAACACUAAAUAUUUAAAAAGAAGAAACUAUAUGUACUAUAUUCUUAAAUUAUUUAAAUUAUUUAAAAGUUUUAAAAUUUUUUUGUUUAUUUAGAAUAUUUUUAUAAAAUUAUUUUAAAAAUAUUUUUAAUUUUUUUUUAUUUUUUUUCAAAUUACUUUCGUUAAUUUUUUAAUUUAAUUUUUCGCUAUUUUUUCAUUUUAAAUUAUUUCCAUAAAAUUUUUUUUGAAAUAUAAAAAAAUAAUUCCGCUUCGAAAAAUUUUUCUAAAUGCAUUACAUAAAUAAAAAACAAAGAAAUUCGAUGAUUUUAGUCGAUAAUUCGUGAAUUUAAUGACUAUUUGUAAUUAGCAAAGUUAGUAGUUUAGCGACUAACUGUUUUAGUAAGCAGUCAUAAAUGUCUGCCAAUUCAAUACUUAAUUCUAAAAGCAAAAGAAAUACUAAUAAAGUAUUAAUAAUUAAUAAUUUCUUGAAUAUAAAUUUAUAAAUUAAUAAUUUUUUGUUACUAACCGCAAAACAUUUUCUCUCAAGAAAAAAAAUAAUUUUUCUCAAUAUAAAAUUUUAUACCAAAACUCAUAUAUUUAUAAUGAAUAUGGCAAACUUAUGCAUAGCACACAGUAAAUACCAUUUAAACGGCACUGCGUUAAAUACGGCAGUGCGAAUUUUAAGAUUUAACAGCGAGCGAAGUAUAAAAGCAGUAAGAAGAAGAGAAAGCAAAAACGACAAAAUGCAAAUGUCGAAAUUUAAAAUAUUGCAAGUUAAUAUAUACGAGGCAUACAUACAUACACUUAUACAAUUUCAAGAAGCUGCAGAAGAAGAGAAAGAAGAAGCAGAAGAAUUACAUAAUAUAUAAAAGUAUUAAAAAUUUUAUGUAAAAUAAAUGCAAACAUAAAUCUGUAUUUAACGAAAAUUCUUGCAAAUACACACGCUAUAAAGUGCAUACAUAUAUACAAACAUACAUAGCUGUGUCUGUAUGUAUGUAGGAUUAUGUAUAUGAAAUGUUGUACUUGUAGUGCUUUCGUAUGUUUUCGAGCAUAUUUUUUUCAGAAAUUUUUAAAUUAUGAUAUGAAAUUACAUAACUUAUAAAGAAAAUAUAACAACAACAACAAUAAACACCGCAAUUUCUUGCAUCAAUGCUGCCCUGACGGAGCGCAUUGUGAACUUCUUUCACAACAACAACAACAACAAAUGCAAAUUGUCGGUAUCUUAUAUCAUUUUAACAAAAUGUGUGCAACAACAACAACAACAACAGCAAACGAGAAACGGCGUAUUUUAUUGCAUUUUAGCAAGAACUGAUCUAUUCACACCCACACAGAGACACACACACUCGUGUGCAAAAGUUUGCGUUGAUGUGCGUGUGCUUGCAGCGCUGUUGGCACCACCAAUGUGUGAGAGAAGCGAAUGUUUUUUUUGAAAAGUAGGAGUUUUGAAAAUCCGAAAUAUUCGCAUUUCUGCAAUAAAGUUCAUUUUUUAGUAAAACAAAAAAAAAUAAAGAAAAACCCAAAAAAUGUAAUAACAAUAAUGGUAGUUAUUUAUUCAAAGUGUAUUUAGUAUACAAUAUGCAUGCAUGUAUUUAUGUCGAAUUUUUAAAUAAAUUCUGAAAAAAAUAAAAAAAACGAAA